GGCAGCCCCUCGGCCCCGCCCCCCGGGGGGCGGGGCAGGGACCGGGGACGGCACCGGGACCCGGCCGGGACCCGCCUGCAGCCGGCCGCGAUGUGGCCUCUGCGCCUGGGCACGGCUCUGCAGCGAUGCGCCCAGCUGGGUGCUGGCAGCUGGCGAGCGCAGCAUGGCACAGCCGCAGCAGCAGCCGUCGGGCACCUGCCUGGCUGGACAGGGCAGGAGAGCCUUGCCGAGAGCGACCCCGAGAUGUGGUCCCUGGUCCAGAAGGAGAAGGAUCGGCAGUGCCGAGGGCUGGAGCUCAUUGCCUCUGAGAAUUUCUGCAGCCGGGCAGCGCUGGAGGCCCUGGGCUCCUGCCUCAACAACAAGUACUCGGAGGGAUACCCGGGCAAGAGGUACUACGGGGGAGCCGAGGUGGUGGACCAGAUCGAGCUGCUGUGCGAGCAGCGGGCUCUGGAGGCGUUUGACCUGGACCCUGCCCGCUGGGGCGUGAAUGUUCAGCCCUACUCAGGGUCUCCGGCCAACUUUGCAGCCUACACAGCCCUGCUGCAGCCCCACGACCGCCUGAUGGGGCUGGACCUGCCUGACGGGGGCCACCUCACACACGGGUACAUGUCAGAUGUCAAGAGGAUCUCAGCCACGUCCAUCUUCUUUGAGUCGAUGCCCUACAAGCUCGAUCCAGCCACGGGGCUGAUCGACUACGACCAGCUGGAGGUGACAGCGCGGCUCUUCCGUCCUCGCCUUGUCAUUGCUGGCACCAGUGCGUACGCCCGCCUCAUCGACUACGCUCGCAUGAAGAAGGUGUGCGAGGAGGUGAAGGCGUACCUGCUGGCGGACAUGGCACACAUCAGCGGGCUGGUGGCUGCCAAGGCCAUCCCGUCACCCUUUGAGCACGCGGACCUGGUGACCAGCACCACGCACAAGACCCUGCGUGGCGCCAGGUCAGGACUCAUCUUCUAUCGCAAGGGUGUGCGCUCGGUGGAUAAGAAGACGGGCAAGGAGACGCUCUAUGACCUGGAGGACAGGAUCAACUUCGCCGUCUUCCCCUCCCUGCAAGGGGGACCCCACAACCACGCCAUCGCUGCCGUAGCUGUGGCCCUCAAGCAGGCCAGCUCUCCUGCGUUCCGCCAGUACUGCCAGCAGGUGCUGAGGAACGCCAAAGCCAUGGCACAGGCGCUGCUGCAGCGCGGGUACACCCUGGUGUCAGGUGGCACCGACAACCACCUAGUGCUGGUGGACCUGCGGCCCAAGGGCAUCGAUGGUGCCCGGGCCGAGCGAGUCCUGGAGCUCGUCUCCAUCACGGCCAACAAGAACACGUGCCCAGGGGACAAGAGUGCGCUCACGCCGGGAGGGCUGCGCCUGGGGGCCCCCGCGCUGACCUCCCGCCACUUCCGCGAGGAGGAUUUCCAGAAAGUGGUCGGAUUCAUCGAUGAAGGCAUAGCGCUGGCCCUGGAUGUCAAGAGCAAAACCAGCAAGCUCCAGGAGUUCAAGACCUUCUUGCUGCAGGAUGCGGAGACGCAGCGGCGCUUGGCAGAGCUGCGCCAGCGUGUGGAGACCUUUGCUCGUGCCUUCCCCAUGCCUGGCUUCAGUGACCGCUGAGGGGGGGGUCUUGCCCCUCCUGCCAGGCCUGGACUCUGGGGCGAGGGGGAGCUGAACCCAUCCCAUGCAUUCCCUGCUCUCCUUCGUCCCCACCAGCACCUCUGGGGCUGGGCACCUCCUCUCCCUGGGUGCCCCCCCAUCCUGCUCAGUGUUAGGGUCUAGAGACCAACCAACCCCCGUGGGGUGGGACGGGACCAAUCCUGGCUCCAGCCUCCUCCCUUCUGCCUGAGGAAGUCUUGCAAUUUUCCGUAGGGGAGGUACACUAAUAAAAGUGGGGGCAGAGCCUGCCUGCCUGGA